AUUAUCAAUACGAAGAAUUCGUGACCCGCCCAAAAAUGCGGCCAAUUGUGGAGCGUGCAGUUUGGCUUAGUGUGGAUCUGCCCGGACAAGGUGACGGGGAAGAGGAGCUGCCCUCCUCGCAAGUAAUGCAUAACAAUAAGUUUCCUCAAUCAAGAUGCAUGUUACACGAUGAAAUGGUGAUGGGUGCUGUGCUUAUUCACUGCACAGGCCAGACUGCCAGUUUUGCGGACUCCCUUCGUGACAAGCUUGUUAAUUGGAAACUGAAAACUAUUGGAAUGAAUCCUGCCACCGAAAGCUUUCUCAUUUUACACCGAUUUGGAUAUGUGAGUCGGUCUGAUGUUUUCAGCCAUGAGAGGGUGUGGGGGGGAAAUGCCACCUUCUCAUCCAUUUACGUUGGUUCACAUUGGAAGCUUGUGUAG